GGAGUCAGUACCAAAUGAGGAGGAAAGGACGAUGCCAUCGAGGUGCUGCAGCGAGGCUCCCCUCCUCCCCGUGCAGUACUAAGCACUCCCCGACGCGCGAGACCUUGACGUACGCGCAGGCGCAGAGGAUGGUGGAGAUCGAGAUCGAGGGGCGCCUGCACAGGAUCAGCAUCUUUGACCCCCUGGAGGUCAUCCUGGAGGACGACCUCACUGCCCAGGAGAUGAGCGAGUGCAACAGCAACAAGGAGAACAGCGAGCGGCCGCCCGUGUGCCUGAGGGCAAAACGCCAUAAGAACAACCGUGUCAGGAAGAAGAGCGAGGCCGCCCCCAGUGCCCACGGUGCCCCUGCCUCAGCCAGUGCACUCCCUGAGCCCCGGGUGCGCGUGCUGGAGUAUAGCCCCCCGGCCGCCCCCCGCCGACCCCCUGCCUACUACAAGUUCGUGGAGAAGUCGGCCGAGGAGCUGGACGGCGAGGUGGAGUACGACAUGGACGAGGAGGACUACGCCUGGCUGGAGCUGGUCAACGAGAAGCGCAGGGCCGACUGCGUGCCGGCUGUGUCGCAGGCCGUGUUCGAGUUCCUGAUGGACCGCUUCGAGAAGGAGUCGCACUGCGAGAACCAGAAGCAGGGGGAGCAGCAGUCCCUGAUCGACGAGGACGCCGUGUGCUGCAUCUGCAUGGACGGCGAGUGCCAGAACAGCAACGCCAUCCUCUUCUGCGACAUGUGUAACCUGGCCGUGCACCAGGAGUGCUACGGGGUGCCCUAUAUCCCCGAGGGCCAGUGGCUCUGCCGCCACUGCCUGCAGUCCCGCGCCCGGCCUGCCGAUUGUGUGCUGUGCCCCAACAAGGGCGGUGCCUUCAAAAAGACCGAUGAUGACCGCUGGGGCCACGUGGUAUGCGCCCUGUGGAUCCCGGAGGUGGGCUUCGCCAACACGGUGUUCAUCGAGCCCAUCGACGGCGUGCGGAACAUCCCCCCCGCCCGCUGGAGACUGACGUGCUACCUCUGCAAGCAGAAGGGCGUGGGCGCCUGCAUUCAGUGCCACAAGGCGAACUGCUACACGGCCUUCCAUGUCACGUGCGCCCAGAAGGCCGGCCUCUACAUGAAGAUGGAGCCCGUGAAGGAACUGGCUGGCGGCACCACCACUUUCUCUGUCAGAAAGACCGCUUACUGUGAUGUGCACACGCCCCCGGGCUGCACCCGGAGGCCUCUGAACAUUUACGGGGAUGUCGAAAUGAAAAACGGUGUGUGUCGAAAAGAGAGCUCAGUCAAAACGGUCAGAUCAUCGUCCAAGGUCAGAAAGAAAGCAAAAAAGGCUAAGAAGACGCUGAGCGAGCCCUGUGCGGCCCUGCCACCUGUGUGCGCUCCGUAUAUUCCCCCUCAGAGUGGGAUCCUUCUAUUCUGCCGUGUCGGCCAGGAGGUGCUGGUUUCAGAGAGGUCACCGGCAGGACCCACACAGCUGGGCUCCCGGGCGUGGGGCGAGGUCGGGGCCGCUCCACGGAGGUUGAAUAGGAUUGCGAACCAGGUGGCCGUGCCACGGAAGAAGCAGUUCGUGGAGAGAGCCCACAGCUACUGGCUGCUCAAAAGGCUGUCCCGAAACGGCGCUCCCCUGCUGAGGCGGCUCCAGUCCAGCCUGCAGUCCCAGAGAAGCUCGCAGCAGAGGGAGAACGACGAGGAGAUGCGUGCCGCCAAGGAGAAGCUGAAGUACUGGCAGCGGCUGCGGCACGACCUGGAGCGCGCGCGCCUGCUGAUCGAGCUCCUGCGCAAGCGCGAGAAGCUCAAGCGGGAACAGGUGAAGGUGGAGCAGAUGGCGCUGGAGCUGCGGCUGACCCCGCUCACGGUGCUGCUGCGCUCGGUCCUCGACCAGCUGCAGGACAAGGACCCGGCCCGCAUAUUCGCCCAGCCCGUGAGCCUGGCAGAGGUGCCGGACUACUUGGACCACAUCAAGCAGCCCAUGGACUUUGCCACCAUGAGGAAGCGGUUGGAAGCUCAGGGCUACAGGAGCCUCCCCGAGUUCGAGGAGGACUUCGACCUCAUCGUGGACAACUGCAUGAGGUACAACGCCAAGGACACAGUGUUCUACCGGGCAGCCGUGCGGCUGCGGGACCAAGGCGGCGUCGUCCUGAGGCAGGCCCGGCGUCAGGUGGACAGCAUUGGCUUCGAGGAGGCGUCCGGCGUGCACCUGCCUGAGCGGCCUGCCGCGGCCCCUCGGCGGCCUUUCUCCUGGGAGGAUGUGGACAGGUUGCUGGACCCGGCCAGCAGGGCCCACAUGGGGCUGGAGGAGCAGCUGCGGGAGCUGCUGGACAAGCUGGACCUCACGUGUGCCAUGAAGUCCAGCGGGUCAAGGAGCAAGCGGGCCAAGCUGCUGAAGAAGGAGAUCGCACUCGUGCGGAGCAAGCUGAGCCAGCGGCACAGCCCGGCCCCGGCCGCGGACUCAGGUAUUGGAGGCUUGCAAGAGGAAGGUGCUCAGCUGGGGCCGGAGACGGGGGACGAAGGAGAUAAAUCUCCCCCUAAACUUGAACCAUCAGAUGCAUUACCUCUUCCUUCAAACUCGGAGCCUAAUUCAGAACCACCAACCCUCAGACCAGUAGAACUCAACCCAGAGCAGAGUAAACUAUUCAAAAGAGUCACAUUUGGUAAUGAGUCACAUAGCGCUCGCGCUCAGAGCGCGCUGGUAAUCGGACACCCUGCACAGCCCACCCGCACCCGCACGGGCGAUGCGCCAGCGGCGGCCUCCGCGGGGGCGGAGCCUUCGAGCGAUGUAAACAGACGCACCUCUGUUCUCUUCUGCAAAUCGAAAAGUGUAAGCCCCCCAAAGUCUGCCAAGAACACUGAAACCCAGCCAACUUCUCCUCAGCUAGGGACCAAAACCUUUUUGUCUGUAGUCCUUCCGAGGUUGGAGACUCUUCUGCAGCCAAGAAAAAGGUCGCGGAGCACCUGUGGAGACUCCGAGGUGGAGGAGGGGUCCCCCGGAAAGCGCCUGGACACAGGUCUCACCAAUGGCUUUGGGGGUGUGAGCAGUGAGCAGGAGCUGGACAGUGCCCCAGGCCGGAAGGCCACACCUCGGCGUCGCUGUGUCUCCGAGUCCAGUAUCUGCUCCAUCAGCAGCCCACUUUGUGAUGCCAGCUUUAGUGCUCCCAAGUGUGGCCGUGGCAAGCCCGCGCUGGUUCGCAGGCACACGCUGGAGGACCGCAGCGAGCUCAUCUCCUGCAUCGAGAGCGGGAACUACGCCAAGGCGGCCAGGAUCGCUGCUGAAGUGGGUCAGAACAGCAUGUGGAUCUCAGCCGAUGCUGCGGCCUCCGUCCUGGAGCCCCUGAGAGUGGUCUGGGCCAAGUGCAGUGGCUACCCCUCGUACCCCGCCCUGAUUAUCGACCCGAAGAUGCCGCGUGUGCCUGGCCACCACAAUGGGGUCACCAUCCCGGCCCCGCCGCUGGACGUGCUGAAGGUUGGCGAGCACAUGCAGACCAAGGCUGACGAGAAGCUGUUCCUCGUCCUCUUCUUCGACAACAAGAGGAGCUGGCAGUGGCUACCGAAGUCCAAAAUGGUUCCCCUUGGCGUUGACGAGACGAUAGACAAGCUGAAGAUGAUGGAGGGACGGAAUUCGAGCAUCCGCAAGGCCGUCAGGGUCGCCUUCGACCGUGCCAUGAGCCAUCUGAGCCGUGUGCAUGGCGAGCCGGCUAGCGACCUCAGUGACAUCGACUGAGCUCUGCCUGCGACCCAUGCACGUGGGUACGCUGUACAUGUCUGUAUAUUGUCAGAACCUAACUUAUUCUGGUUUCAGGCACGGCUCUCUAAUUCUUUUCCCCGGGAAGGGGAGGUUUUGUUUCCAAGUUUCUACGAAACCCUCCCCGGAGGGGCGCUCUGGAUGGCGGAGCGUCCUCCAGGCACAACUGUGCCCGUCACAGGUCACACCCGAGGGUGCUGCUUGCGUCACUUUCUUUGAUCCGUAGCUUUUUUUUAAAAGACUUUUGAAUGUUUAAUAAUUUUGUAAAUCAGACUCUUUACACAGAGUACCACUUAUUUAAUAAGACGGGAUGUAAAUUUACAAUGACAAAUGUGUAUUUUAAGAAAGAAAAUGACAUUAUUUUGAAUGGUACUUUGUGGGAAGAGGUGGAGAAUAAAUUUAUGCCGUUUGCAUUGCCUGCAAAUCACCAAAAACACUCCGUCCCCCGGAGGCCGGUGGGCGUGUCCUCGGGUGUUGCUCCGCCCCCUGGAGGCUGGUGGGCGUGUCCUCGGGUAUUGCUGUCCUGUUCUGCCCACGGGUGCCUGCCAGAGGGUUAUUUAUUGUAGAAAGUGUAUCCACUUGCUUUAUAAUGAAAAAUAAAUUUGAAAAAGUAUAUUGAUAUGCAUUUUUAUACAGGCACAUAAAAGUUCCACUUGCUUUGGGAGCGGGGUAUGUUGGUUGUUGUGUAAAUGACUCUGGCUGUGUGUUCUUUGAUUUUGUAACUUGUCAUCUUUUGUUUACAACAGGGGCUUUUCUGUAACUUUUAAUUUAGAACUUUGGUAGCAAUAGAAACUUUGGAUACGUUUUUGUAUGGUACAUGUGAUGUAUAUAGAAUUAGUACUUUAUUUUUAUUUUUAAGAGGUAAAGCAUUAUGUUAGGGGAAAGGUAGGGAGGGUUUCCAAAAUUGCAUUUUUUAUAUUAAAAAAUAAAGUCAAGAUUUGGACGGUGUGGCCAUUUCAUUCCUACAUCACUAGAACACUGGUGGGGCGGGCGUCCUGGGGGCUGGUGAGGGCCAGGGUCCCAGCCGGCUUGAGUCGCCAGCUCGAGUCACGUGACAUUCUUUCAUCUUAAAAUUGUCAUGGGAUGGCAUUAUUUAUUAUUUUACCUAAUCAUAUUUUUAUUUUAAAGUGGUAGUUUGAAAUUUUUCAAUGUUUUUUCUUUUCAGUCUCCAUUGUUUGUAACAUCUCCACAGAAACUUGAAAAUAAAAUGUCUUCCUUUGA